AUGCAAGGAAAGACGAGCCAGCAAGUGAUCCAGCCCCCGUACGGGCCCUCGGGCGAGCCCGGUUACCUAGGGAACCGGGGAGCCAGCAAGAGCCAACAGGUGAUCCAGCCCCCUUACGGGCCCUCGGGCGAGCCCGGUUACCCAGGCAACCGGGGUCCCGAGGGCGGGCCCGGCAGCGUGGGCUACGGCGGCGCCCUCGGGGAAAAGGGCUUCAAGGGCCAGAGGGGAAGCGACGGCCAGAAGGGCAAGACGGGGCGGCCGGGCCAGGUGGGGCCGCUCGGGGCCAAGGGCUUUAAGGGCGCCCCGGGGACACCAGGGCUGCCCGGCGAGGACGGCUACGACGGACGACCCGGGGGCCUAGGCUUCAGGGGCCCCCCAGGCUCGCCGGGCACCGCGGGGGAGGGCGGGGUGCCAGGGGCACCCGGCAAGGGCGGAGAAGGGCGCCGACGGGGACGAUG